AUGGUCAGAAAGGCUGUGGCAUCCACCAUCUCCAAUGGGGGUUACCUGCAGGGCAGUGUUAACGCGAGACUGUCUUCCCUGGGUGGCAAGGAGCCACCUGGGCAGCAGAAAGUUGUGCUGAAGAGGAAAAUCAGUCUGUUGAGAGGGAUCUCCAUCAUCAUCGGCACCAUCAUCGGAGCAGGAAUCUUCAUCUCUCCUAAGGGUGUGCUCCAGAACACGGGCAGCGUGGGCUUGUCCCUGGUUGUCUGGACUGUCUGCGGGGUCCUGUCACUGUUUGGAGCCUUGUCCUAUGCUGAACUGGGAACAACUAUAAGGAAAUCUGGUGGUCAUUACACAUACAUUCUGGAAGUCUUUGGCCCAUUACCAGCUUUUGUGCGAGUCUGGGUAGAACUGCUCGUUAUACGCCCUGCAGCCACUGCUGUGAUAUCUCUGGCCUUUGGACGGUACAUUCUGGAACCAUUUUUCAUUCAGUGUGAAAUUCCUGAACUUGCAGUCAAGCUCAUUACAGCUGUGGGCAUAACUGUGGUGAUGGUCCUAAAUAGCAUGAGUGUCAGCUGGAGCGCCCGGAUCCAGAUUUUCCUAACCUUUUGCAAGCUCACAGCAAUUCUGAUAAUUAUAGUCCCUGGAGUGAUGCAGCUAAUUAAAGGGCAAACACAACACUUUAAAGAUGCCUUUUCAGGAAGAGAUGCAAGUAUUAUGGGAUUGCCACUGGCUUUUUAUUAUGGAAUGUAUGCAUACGCUGGCUGGUUUUAUCUCAACUUUGUUACCGAGGAAGUGGAAAAUCCUGAAAAAACCAUCCCCCUUGCGAUAUGUAUAUCCAUGGCCGUGGUCACCAUUGGCUAUGUGCUAACAAAUGUGGCCUACUUUACGACCAUUAGUGCCGAGGAGCUGUUGCUUUCAAAGGCAGUGGCAGUGACUUUUUCUGAGCGGCUCCUGGGAAAUUUCUCAGUAGCAGUUCCAAUCUUUGUUGCCCUCUCCUGCUUUGGUUCCAUGAAUGGUGGUGUGUUUGCUGUCUCCAGGUUAUUCUACGUUGCAUCUCGGGAGGGUCACCUUCCGGAAAUCCUCUCCAUGAUUCACAUCCGCAAGCACACUCCUCUGCCAGCUGUUAUUGUUUUGCACCCUUUGACAAUGGUAAUGCUCUUCUCUGGGGACCUCGACAGUCUUUUGAAUUUCCUCAGUUUUGCCAGGUGGCUUUUUAUUGGGCUGGCGGUUGCUGGGCUGAUUUAUCUUCGAUACAAACGCCCAGAUAUGCAUCGUCCUUUCAAGGUGCCGCUAUUCAUCCCAGCUUUGUUUUCCUUCACGUGUCUCUUCAUGGUCGCCCUUUCCCUUUAUUCAGACCCAUUUAGUACAGGGAUUGGCUUCAUCAUCACUCUGACCGGGGUCCCUGCCUACUAUCUCUUUAUUAUAUGGGACAAGAAACCCAGGUGGUUUAGAAGAAUGUCAGACGUUACAACCAGAACAUUACAAAUAAUACUGGAAGUUGUACCAGAAGAAGAUUGUCAUAAAAUAUAA